AAUUAUUGUAGGUUAUUGGGGACACGCAGUGACAUGUUUUGGUUGGCGUUUGCAGCGGUAAAUAGCCACUGGGAACAGGAGAACCGGUUAUGGUUAUAGCUCACGUUGAAGAACUACAGCCUACGAUGGAAAGAUUAAAAACAAAAGUUAAAGGCCUACUUGGAACAAACUUUGACAGGCUACUGCGCCUCCUACAACUAUGCAAUAGCCUACCGGGUUGCAUGUGAUCAAAAGCAUUGUUGUCCUUCACGUGAUUCUGCUGUUCACUUCUUCAAACUAGUAGUAGGGAAGUAGCCCAGAGACAGAUAUCACAAGUUGCUCAACAAUCCUAACAGUUACAGCCGAAAACAUCUCUCCUCCGAAAACGAAUGCAGUAGAGCCAGCAGUCAGAAACAUGCUGGCAUUUGCCUUGCUAAUGAUACUACUGCCAGCAGAGGGAGAUGCCUCCCAGAUCUCCUGCUACAAUGAUAACGGGGACACUGUUGACUGGUUAUAUCUGUAUAAACUCCCUCACCACAAGUCUCGCAAAGAAGGGUUAAAGUAUCUGCUGCUGGAGAAAGGAAGUGAGGGAUGGGUGGAUGGAAGAGGACCCGUGAACGACAGCACAGGAGCCUUGGCACGGACGAUGGGGCCUUUAUAUGAGGCUGGUGAAAUAGGAUAUGUACUAUAUAAUGAUCAAGCACCCCACACAGGGAAACUGACUGGGGGAAAUGGAGAAAGCCAUGAAGGUGGCCACACAAAAGGUGUUGUCCUGUUUGACAAAGAGCGUGGCUUCUGGCUGGUCCACAGCACUCCCCAUUUCCCUCCCUCGAAAGCUACGGGGCGGUUCUCCUAUCCGAGCACGGGAGUCAUCAAUGGACAGAACUUCCUCUGUGUAACUUACCCACUGGAACGUUUCCAGACCAUUGGGGAGCAGUUGCAGAUCAACCAGCCCCACGUGUACGACUGCCACGUUCCCCCGGCAUUGGCCUCCUCCUUGCCCUCCGUGGUGAGCCUGUGUGGCCAGCGCGUCAAUAGCAGUGCCGCAGAUGUUUCCUCCACAGCCGCCAAUCGGAGCACCACGCUCGCCUCCCUGGGUGGAUCACAGUUCAUCAGCUUUGCAAAAGGAGCGUCAUUCAAGAAUGAUCUGUAUCACGCCUGGGUAGCGCCCACCCUGCAGUCCAACCUGCUGGUGCAGUUCUGGCAGCGCUCCAGGGGCGUCCUGAAGUCCGACUGCACGCUGGGCUGGUCGGUGCUGAACAUCGCGCAGCUCGCCCCCGGCCAGCGCUUCACCUACAAGGCCACCCACGACCACUCCAAAUGGGCCGUGAGUCCGGGCCCACACACCGGCAGUGGGUCGGCAGCGGUGGCAGCAGAGAGUGGUCAGUCAGGGGGCUGGGUGUGUGUGGGGGACAUCAACCGAGACGAGGCCGAGGAACUGAGGGGAGGGGGGACCGUGUGCCUUCAGGACCCCGUGGUGUGGAAAGCCUACCGGAACGCCGCCCUCCAGUGUUUCUCCUGCAAUGGGGACAUUAGUGAGUGUGAUACUGCACUGAGGGGUGCAGGCUGGCAGUGACUUCACACAGGCUCAAGGACUUCCCCAUGUUUCUAAUCAUACAGCAUUCAGCCAAACAAGGCUUCAUUUUGUGUAAGAGAUCAGGUAGGGAAAGACUUCAAACAUGUAGCACUACUAGUAGGAAGUAGGGUCAUUACACAUAGAGUGAGAGGGAAUAAGGUACUCUAAAUAAUAUGGUUCAUAACUAAUUCACCCAUGUGAAGAAUAUAAUGGUAAUGAAUUGUAUGGAUGAGUCCAAGUGUAAAUGCAUACUACAGUAUUUUUUGGACAUCUGAAGCUGUUAGUGGAAUCUGAGAGCCAUAAUGUUUUAGCAUCUGUUAAUGCACUUUUACAGUAGGCGCUGGAUCCAUCUGGAUUUUUAAUGAUAGAUAAUGAAUUCUAAAUACAGAGAUCUGAAUAUGUUAAUGUUUCUUAAAUAGUUCCAGGUUUAUGCCACUGUCAAUUUCCAUAGCUUUUGUUGCACAUUUUCAUUUUUUUUAUUCAUGGAGGAAGGUUUUGAUAGAAUAUAUUAUGAUAUUUUUGUACACACACACACACAUAUAUAGAUGUAUAAAAAUCAGUUUUACAUGGAAUAAAUGAAUGAAUGAAUGCUGUA